AUGGAGCCUGCACUGCCUGGGGGAAAUGGGCGGGAGGAGCGGAUCGCUGCUCGGAGGGCGCGCAUCCAAGCGCGUAUCCAGGCGACCAGGGAUGCUGCUGAUGGGGGGGCGCGCAAAGCCGCGGAGGAAGAGAAGCGUGACCCCCACCUCGGAAAAGCGCACAAGGCGCAGGUGUUGCUGCGCCUCGCUCGCCUCAAGCUGAGAGGCAAUGCGGACGUCACGGCUCCACGCGUCGCUGGAGACGAGCGAGAACAGCGGCGGCGGCAGAAGGAGGAAGAACAGAGACAGAACCUGCGGACGGCGGUUCUCGCUGAGGCGGAGGCGAGCCUGAAGAGCAACGCUGACGUGGCGGCCAAGUGGGCGGCCCUGUUCACACCGGGGGUGCCGCAAGACUUGGCGGCCGACAUCGAAAAACAGCGCCAGGCGUGUGCUGCGGUGAUCGCAAACAAAGACGCCCUCAUCGGCGACCUGCGCGCGGUCCUGAAGGACAAGGACGAGGACUACGUGCGCGCGCUGAAGCAGGCGGCGACCGACAUCGAGGCGCUGCUGGCCGCGUGUCGCCGCAGCUUCCAGGCGCUGCAGGCCGCCUACCGGGAGGACUUGGCCGCGCUCGAGAGGAGCUUUUUGGCGGACCGAGCGCGCCUCUUGACCAACAACAAGGCCGAGAUCGCUGCCCUCUUCGAGGCGCGGCGCGCGCGCGAGAACGCGUUCCUGGAGCGCUGCGCGGCCGCGACGGGCGAGUACUGGGCCGCGCUGGAGGCGCUGCGCGCGAGCGACGCGGAGCAGUACGCGCGCCUCAAGGGGCAGCUCGAGACGGACAUCCACAACCUGGAGCAACACUUGCAGCACAUGCGGGCGACCUAUCAACUAAACACGGAAAAGUUGGAGUACAAUUGGCGCGUCCUUCUGGAGCGCGACACGGAAAACGGUUCCACCGUCGCCGCGCAAAAGCGGAAGCUCGCGCGUCAGCGUGACGUGCUCAGCGGCCUGAAAGCCGCGGCCGCUGACGUGGAGAAACGUCAGCGGGAAGCCGACCUGCGCGUCACGGACGAGUACCGCCGCUGUACGGAACAAUUCAAAGAUCUGCAGGACAAGGUCGCGCACUUCGCGCGCACCGACCGGACGCAGUACGCGCAGCUGUUCGAGAUGAAGCAGGGCAAGGCCGCGCGGCUGGUGACAUCACUCCUGCGCGCGGACAAGGUGCUGCACGAGCAGCAACUAGGAUGGGCGUGGCACCCCCCCUCGGCGGAUCUAUUCCAACCGGUGGGGAAUCUGCCCGCGGAGGGGGGAGAGAAUGAGGCGCCGGAGGACCCCCCCGGGGAGCGCGAGGGGAGCUGGCUAGAGGCGGUCGGGGAAGAGUACCGACAGAUGCUGCAGAUGCUGUGCGACGAAGCGGGCUAUCUGGUGCCAGGGAAAGUCGAGGAGGUCGUACGCGACGCCUCCCAAGGCCCUUCCCUCGUGUCGGUCGACGCCCUCUUAGGCUGCCUCGGAGUCUCUUCUCCGGUCGCCCUCGCCAGUCUGCAGUCCUACCUUACACAGGGCUCGGAGAGGGAUCCCCCUGGCACGAUCCCCCCAGACCGCGUGGCGCGCCAGCUGCGGGCUUUCGUGGAAGCCCAGUUGAAGAUAACCGGGGGUUACCAGAGCCUGAAACUGACGAAGAGCCUGAGUCGGAAAACGACCGGGUUACGGGAACCGGGCGAGGAGCGGGAGUACUGGCAGCGAAUGGCGAACGUGGUCGCGGAGAAGAGCGCGCGCGCGUGGGGCGCGCUCGAGGCGGCGCAGAUGCAGUACCAUAAGCUGCUGACGCAGAGAGCGAACACUUUGGAAGAUAUCCGGGCAAUCGAGAGCCAAAACACGGAGAUCCGGCAGCUGCUCUCACAAUACAUGGCUGCCAAGGUUAAUGAUCAACUCAAGUUUCCGCCAUCGUCCCAGCUGAUCUUGCAAGCCUGA